AUGACGCCCUUUGUCGUGUUUCUCCUUUGUCAUCAUUUGCCCAUGUUUAUGGCGUAUGGAUUGAUUACGAAACCAAUCGAAGGUUAUGACAAUUGCAAUCGAUUGAAGGAACUCUUUCACUGGCUCUACAUGUCUUUUCUUUUGCAUCUGAUAUUGGCUCUUAUGAUGCUUGUGGCUGUCAUUUAUACGCUCUCAACGCGAGUUUAUCAUGAACGUCGGCCUGAAGGCUGGCUCAUUCUUACUAUAUUUAUGGGCUGUUGGGUUAAUUUGGGAUGGACGAUAUAUGGAGAAGCAGCUUUUCGUACCGACACGAGUAUUUGUGGAGAUCUUAAUUGGAAACACAUUCAAGAUCGUGCUGAUUCCAUUGGCUACUUUCAACACUUUGAUUUUAUCUUUACGGUCUCGAUUAUUGGAGCUGGAGCAUGCACGUCAUACAUGUGUGGCGUACAUAGUGGAGAUGAUGCUGCCGAGGCGGAAAAACGCUGGCAAAAACGUUGUUUAUGUUGUUUUCAUAUCUUUACGUGUCAUAAGACAGUGGCACAUGAAGGAGAUGAUGAUGUGUUUGAAUCAUUAGGACGAGUACUGGGCAAAUUUUUUGUGGUGAGAUACAAGACGAAUCGGUACGAAGGAUUGAGCUUUACGGACUUGAAAUUCAGUCUGGAUCUCGUGUCCAAAGUACAGAAAAAAGAGAGAGAGUAUGAGACGAAAAAAAAAGCAGAGCUCGCAGCUCAAGGUAUUCCGACUGUUGAACACUUUGCCUCUGAUGUGGAAGCAAAGCGGCUCAAUGACUUGGCAUUCUAUUGUAGAAUGGCUAUUGGCAUUUAUGGGUGGCCCAUUUACGUGUGGUACUCUCCGUGCUACUGGUUUCGAAUCUUUGGGUGCUUCAAGAAACCCUUAGACGACCAAGUUUUUGAGCACGACAACUUUCUGCAUGGUAACCGUGCCAGCUUUGUCAAUUACACUGGUGUCAAGGAAGCGGACCUUGUGUAUCUUAACUGUCGCAAUUUCGUGUUCCAGGCGCCGUACUGCAUUGUCAGGGACAAGCAGCGCAAAGAGCUUAUCAUUAGUGUGCGCGGCAGUAUGUCUUUCUACGACUUUGUGACGGAUGGAUUAGCGCACAUUGUACGUAUGGAUUCGAGUGAACUUCCAGAUGACGUUCCGUACUCUUUUAACACGCGAACGCACUAUGGCAUGCUUUGUACUGCACGCCAGAUUUUUAAAGACCUUCAGGAGGGCACGCGUAAGGCUAUAUUUUGGGACUUUGCGAUGGCGAACUGCUCGGUGAGAGGAUCUAUGGAUGACCAAGAAAUGGACUGGAAGAUUGUGGUCUGUGGGCACUCGAUGGGUGCUGGCGUUGGCUGCAUUCUCGCAAUCUUACUACGCAAGAUAUUUCCAGACACAAGGGCAUUUCUGUACGCAACACCGCCGCUGUUAGACGCCGAGACAGCGGCUUGGACCAAAACAUUUGCGACAACCGCGGUGUAUGGCGAUGACAUUGUGCCACGACUGUCCAUCUCGAACAUGGCUAUGCUUCGUGAUGAGAUGGCUGUCCAUUAUGACGCCGUGGCAAACGAACCGCUGUACAAGGUCAAGUGCGGUAUACACGGUAAACUGAAAGACUUGAAGGAAGAACGUCAGCAACCGAUGGCAGCUGUGGGCCCAGAACAAACCAACCAUGGAGUCUUUGACAGACUUCCCACCUUGCCAACAAACGCACGUUCGAUGACUACUGGAACGACAGCGAUGGAGACAAGUUCGAACUCUUUCAUCAGCUCCAAUUCGUUUAUCGAUGGCUCGAUCACGCCUACCGAUAUCGGGGUGUCUGGUCACAACAUCAUGAAUCGUCCUUCUCGCAAUCUGAGCAACGCCACCAUGAUUACGCUUCCACAGGAAGACCCGACGCAAGAUGUGGAUGUACCCGGUGAGAUUGUUCACAUUGAGACCGUAAAGAUGGCACGCCGCUGCGGCUGCACGGUGUUUCUAGGCGAGCAGAAGCUGCAGUAUACGCUGCGAGACGCUAGCUAUUUUCGCCGUAUUUGGGUCACGCCUCGCGCGCUGCAGGACCACAUGGUGCACCACUACGACCGCAAGAUCCGCUUCCUCGUGAACAACUGCAUGGACUUUGAGACACCCGUGGCAGCUCACCGCCUUAACAAGAAAACUCCGGGGACGCCUCAGGCCGGUUACAAGGAGAUUGACAGCGGCUGCGUGUGA